AUGAAUUAUCAACAAUAUUAUCCAUGUUUCGACGAGACUUCAGCCGAAAGAGAAGCGGAUUAUGAAGAUUCGCUUUCUCGGCUCCGCGGUGAGGCAUCUCGUUUCGCGAGAACCGGCUUUUACGAUCGUUUAUUUCGUCGAGGAAACACGUGGAAUGGAGAUCUAUACAAUAUUCCCACAUAUGGAUUCAGCGCAAACUACAAGAAAGAUGGGCCGUAU